CCAGAGGGCCCGCACUGUCCGUCUCGCUCGUCCUCGCUGUGGUGUCCCGUGUCCUCCGGCGGCUCCUCCCGACCAUGCCCGAGCCCGCCAAGUCGGCGCCCGCCCCGAAGAAGGGCUCCAAGAAGGCGGUGACCAAGGCGCAGAAGAAGGACGGCAAGAAGCGCAAGCGCAGCCGCAAGGAGAGCUACUCGGUGUACGUGUACAAGGUGCUGAAGCAGGUGCACCCCGACACCGGCAUCUCGUCCAAGGCCAUGGGCAUCAUGAACUCGUUCGUCAACGACAUCUUCGAGCGCAUCGCGGGCGAGGCGUCGCGCCUGGCGCAUUACAACAAGCGCUCGACCAUCACGUCGCGGGAGAUCCAGACGGCCGUGCGCCUGCUGCUGCCCGGGGAGCUGGCCAAGCACGCCGUGUCCGAGGGCACCAAGGCCGUCACCAAGUACACCAGCGCCAAGUAGACGCGCGUCCGGACGCCCUUUCUCUCGACUCCAAAGGCUCUUUUCAGAGCCACUCACGUUUUCCAGAGAGAACUGGCACUCAUUUUAUACUGCUUAAGAGGUAGGCAGCUGUAGUUUUAAAUUUUAUUUCUCAAAUGUUUAUUUUGUGCUGAACUCCCACGUUGUUUGUUUUUAAAAAGGAAUUAAAGUGUUACAGACAUCAAAAACCCAGAA